CCCCCUUCACCCCGCACUCUGUACUUCUACCCCACAUUCUCGCUGGCCCCUAUCGCUCUCCCUCGUCGCUCGCAGUCCCGCUAUGCCCGCACAUGUGGUAUCUCAGCCUGUCGUUCGCCACACGACGCUGAAGACGACGUUUACCGGCAUACCACACGCAGCUUCUACUCCAGAAGUUUCAAUACACCAGUAUAGGGGUAUCAAGUAUGCCAGCAUACCUGGACGAUUUCGACAGUCCAAGUUGUUCAGCACAUAUAUGUCUCGUACUGAUGCCACACGCUUUGGACCAAUAUGUCCCCAGCCUCACGGGAAAACCAUGGAGGAAGAACUCAUUAAUGUAUCCGAGGAAGAUUUUCCACCACAAAACUUCAAGCAGAUCGAGUCUGAAUGCUUGAAUCUCAACAUCACCUGCCCAGGAGGUCUGACGCGGGAUUCGAGGCUACCUGUGAUGCUGUGGAUCCAUGGAGGAGGAAACCGUGGUUCUGGUUCCCACUGGCUUUAUGAUGGCGGUGCAUUCGUCCAGAAUAGUAUCACGCUGGGGAAGCCUAUAAUCCUGGUCACGAUCAAUUAUCGCCUUGGUUUGCUAGGAUUCGCUGCGAGUCCACAACUUCGAGUGGAGAACGAAGCAGCGGGCGACGAAGGUGUUGGGAACUACGGCUUGCGCGAUCAACAGGUGGCGUUUCAGUGGGUCAACCAUUUCAUCCUCGACUUCGGUGGCGACCCUUCAAAUGUCACUGUUUUUGGCGAGUCGACGGGCGCUGCAGACAUUCUAUGCCAUCUUCACUCUUCCAGUAACGCUGCGUAUCCCUUAUUCCAGCGCGCCAUCCUUCAAAGCCCACUCAUCGACCAUAAUAUCCCCGAAGUCCACGCCGCGGGGUCCAAUCUAUCGCGAGUCAUGUCGCUCCUUCGGGUCUCUUCAGUAGAGGAACUCCGGAAGAUCGACGCUUCCAAGCUCGUGAGCGUUACCUUCAGCUCGCGGGCUGUUGAUGAUGGAAUCUUCUUCGUUCAUGGGUGGAGGGAGAGGAUGUUCCCGCAUCAUGGUCACCAUCACCACCAUCACUCACCGCCACAUUCUACGACAUAUCCACUCGCCGGUCACUCUGUCAUUGAUCAGCACGUCGCCUCUCAUCACAUUCCCUGCCCUUCCAACUUCAUCGCACCUAAACACUUCCAUUUGUCUCCUCACACUCACCCACCACCAAUUCACCAGCCAAUCAUGAUCGGCGACUGCUCCUUCGAAUCCUUCCUUUACUCUGGCUCCGCCUCCCUCUGGACCCCGUCCAGUGUCACCCGUCGAAUAAAAGCCAUAUGUGGCUCACUGACCAAAGCAUCCGUCCUUCUCCGGGUUUACGACAUAUCUGCACAUACUCCGGAGGAAGACCUACCUGACCGCAUCCUCGACCUGAUAAACGACACACGCUUCGCGUGGCCUACCGAGUGCACUGCCGAAGCCCAUCGGAAAGUGAAAGUGGCACCUGGUCCAUCAGUAAAAGAGCUCGGUGGUGCCACAGCACACGCUAACGGGGGAGUGUGGCGUUACGUCUUCGACCAAGAGAGCCCUAAGCGUGGCAUUCCACACCAUGCUUCUGACCUCGUAUACCUUUUCGAUAACGCACGUCCUGCCUCCGUCGAUGCUGGUGAUUCUACUUCCUUCGAAUGCCCUACCUCCUACGACGACUUCCCAGAUUCUUUCUCCGACUCGGACGACUCUUAUUCUGAAGACUCCUCAACGGGCCCCGUCUCUGACGAGUCGUGGGGCGUCCCCGUCGUUACCCCAUGGACGUACACCCAUAUCCGAGAUACGAUUCAAUCAAAAUGGUUGGCUUUCGCGUAUGGCGAGGCGCCAUGGAGAGAGAAUAGCGUGUUCGUCUUUGGACCGGAAGGUGAGACAGGGGAGAGAAGUGAGGGGAUCUUCGAGGGUAGGCGGAGGAGGGCUAUGUGGAAGCGAGCGUUGGAACCGUUAGGGAGGGAAAUGGUGCAGAAGAUCGGUGUCGAAUUGGGCAAUGGGCCGGUCGGUGGUGCGGUCAAUGUGCCCGAGGCGGACUCCUGGCCAUAGGACUGUCCGCGUCGCGUAACACUGAUGGUAUGACGAUUGAUUCUUGCAUUCUUUUGUCUAUGUUCUCGUUUCUUUUUCCGUCAUCUCUUUCAUCCUUCCCAUCAUCUCUGGCAUGGCAGACACGGGCUAAACUAUAUUCUUUCCCUAUAUGCAUAACGCCUCGGCUCCGCAAAGUUAGAGACGAGGCUGAUAACAACUCGUCAGUGUCAAUCCCUUUCUUCUCCUCGUGGUUUUCAAUACAUCAUUCCUCAUCCAUACUCCCGUCUUCACCAUCUUUAUUUCUUUCAUCGUUCUUCGUCUCGAGCGUCACCCACGUUUACGCGUGAGUCUCGCUCUCUUAGGUUCUAAUGGGUUUUGUGUCUGUUCAUUUUGCAUCCGGUCAUCAAUUGGUCUCAACAUACCGUAUAUCCCCCAUCCCUCAUUUCUCUACCCACCACCUCAUCCCUCAUUCAUCCCCACCCCUUCUUCUCACUUACUCAUGAUCUCCAC